AUGUUACCCAACACCGGGAGGCUAGCAGGAUGUACAGUUUUUAUCACAGGUGCAAGCCAUGGCAUGGGCAAAGCUAUUGCAUUGAAAGCAGCAAGGGAUAGAGCAAACAUUGUCAUUGCUGCGAAGACCACCCAUGUAAACCCCAAACUUCCAGGCACAAUCUUUACCGCUGCUCAAGAGGUUGAAGCGGCUGGAGGAAAGGCCCUGCCGUGCGCUGUGGAUGUGAGAGAUGAACAGCAAAUCAGUAAUGCAGUGGAGAAAGCAGUGGAACGAUUUGGAGGAAUUGAUAUUUUGGUGAAUAAUGCCAGUGCUGUUAGCUUGACCAACACAUUGGAAACACCUACAAAGAGAGUGGAUUUGAUGAUGAAUGUCAACACCAGAGGCACCUUUCUGACAUCUAAAACAUGUAUUCCUUAUUUGAAAAAGAAUAGGGCGCCUGGUAAAAUUGCUCAUAUCCUCAAUCUCAGCCCACCACUGAACCUAAAUCCCUUGUGGUUCAAACAGCACUGUGCUUAUACCAUUGCUAAGUAUGGUAUGUCUAUGUGUGUGCUUGGAAUGGCAGAAGAAUUUAAGGGUGAAAUUGCAGUCAAUGCAUUAUGGCCUAAAACAGCCAUCCACACUGCUGCUAUGGAGAUGCUGGGAGGAUCUGGUAUUGAAAGCCAGUGUAGAAAAGUUGAUAUCAUUGCAGAUGCUGCCUGUUCCAUUUUUAAAAAGCCAAAAAGUUUUACUGGAAACUUCAUUAUUGAUGAAAAUAUCUUAAGAGAAGAAGGAAUAAAAAAUUUUGACAUCUAUGAAAUUAAGCCAGGUCAGCCUUUGUUACCAGAUUUCUUCUUAGAUGAACACCCAGAUACAAUUACCAAGAAAAUGGAAUCACAUGAUGCUGUUCCAGAAUUGAAAGAAGAGAAGUCACAGCCACCACCAAAACCACGUUCUGGAGCCGUGGCAGAAACAUUUAGAAUUGUUAAGGACUCUCUCAGUGAUGAUGUUGUUAAAGCCACUCAAGCAAUUUAUCAGUUUGAGCUCUCAGGUGAAGUUGGUGGAACGUGGUUUCUUGAUCUUAAAAGCAAAGGUGAGAAUGUUGGACAUGGAGAGCCCUCUGAUCAGGCAGAUGUGGUGAUGACUAUGUCUACUGAUGAUUUUAUAAAAAUGUUUUCAGGGAAACUAAAACCAACAAUGGCAUUCACGUCAGGAAAAUUGAAGAUUAAAGGAAACAUGACCCUAGCCAUCAGAUUGGAGAAGCUAAUGAAUCAGAUGAAUGCCAAGCUCUGAAGGAAAAGAAAAAAAAAUGUCAAUCACUAAGCUCAGAAAGUAAAAGGGAUCA